AUGGCCGACAACGUCUCCGCUGCGACCGCUACCACCCUCCCCCCUCCCCCCCAAUCUUCGACCGUUGCCUCCAACCAACAGUACGAUGCAUCCCAAGGCAAUGGUCAAACCAAUCCUUCCCACAUGCCACCACCUCCCCGCCCACCCGUGGUGAUUCCCCAAAACACCAAUCCCAUUCCGACUGCUAUCACAUCUCCGAUGUCUGGCAAUAUGAUGUCGCCGACCAGUGCGGGUGGCUUCGUGCGUCGGGCGGCCCCUGAGCCAAACAAAAGAGCCCUCUAUGUCGGUGGCCUUGACCCUCGGGUAACUGAGGAUAUCUUGAAACAAAUCUUCGAGACCACUGGUCAUGUCCUCAGCGUCAAGAUUAUCCCUGACAAGAACAAGUUCAGCAGCAAAGGCUAUAACUAUGGCUUUGUCGAGUUUGAUGACCCAGGGGCUGCUGAGAGGGCCAUGCAGACGCUCAAUGGUCGUCGGAUUCACCAAUCGGAGAUUCGUGUCAACUGGGCCUACCAGUCCAACAAUACGAACAAGGAAGAUACCUCGGGCCAUUUUCACAUUUUUGUCGGUGACUUAAGCAAUGAAGUCAACGAUGAGGUACUUAUGCAGGCCUUCUCUGCCUUCGGCUCCGUGUCCGAGGCUCGCGUCAUGUGGGAUAUGAAGACUGGUCGCUCUCGAGGCUACGGUUUCGUUGCGUUCCGUGAUCGCUCCGAUGCUGACAAGGCAUUGAACUCCAUGGACGGCGAGUGGCUUGGCUCUCGUGCAAUCCGCUGCAAUUGGGCCAACCAGAAGGGACAGCCCUCGAUCUCCCAGCAACAGGCCAUGGCCGCAAUGGGCAUGACCCCUACGACGGCACAGUACGGCGGGCAACAUCAUCAUUUCCCGACCCAUGGCAUCCAGAGCUACGACAUGGUCGUCUCGCAAACCCCGCAGUGGCAGACCACGUGCUAUGUGGGUAAUUUGACCCCUUACACCACGCAGAAUGACCUGGUGCCGCUCUUCCAGAACUUUGGCUACGUGCUCGAGACUCGUCUGCAGGCGGACCGGGGAUUUGCCUUCAUCAAGAUGGAUACGCAUGAGAAUGCCGCCAUGGCUAUCUGCCAACUCAAUGGCUACAACGUCAACGGACGCCCUCUGAAGUGCAGCUGGGGCAAGGAUCGUCCUCCUACUGGCCAGUUUGACAACUUCUCUGGCCAGCAAGCCAGCUCGCCCUUCAAUUCUAGUCCCACUCCGUACUUCCCUCAGUACACCGGUCCCGGGGGACCUAUGACCCCUCAAGGCCCAAACCCAGCCGGUAGAGGAUGGGACCAGUCCGGAAUGGGUGGCCAAGGCUAUGGCCAAGUUCCUGGUAAUGCGGGUUACAGCCGCGGCCAAGGCACCCCAGCCUCUGGCUGGAACCAGCCAAACAAUGCCAACUUUGGCAAUGGCUUCGGUGGCUAUCAAGCGUAG